AUGGGUGGGGACAUUGACAUUGAUUGUGUCAACAGCGUGAAGCUGUCCCUGACCUCGUCCCACGGCGUGUCCCCUCCUCCUGUCACCACCAACGGUGGCCUCAGCCCGGAGCCCCCCGAGGACGCCGAGCGUGGCCGCAGCAGCUCCGUGGAGCUCGACGACGACGACGACACCGAGGUUCCCAACCCGUCGUUCCCCAACCCGCGCCGGCGGCUGCGGCUGCGGGACCUGGCCGAGCGCCGCGUGGCGGGGGCGGCGCAGAACGAGCAGGAGCUGAACCGGCUGCUGAACGAGGCCCUGCUGGAGCGCGAGAGCAUCCAGGCGCUGAAGGGCCGGAGCACGUUCCGGCUGUCGCUGCGUUUCACCGACCCCGACAUGGAGACGCGCUACUCGGUGGAGAAGGAGAAGCAGAGCGGCGCCGCCUUCAGCUGCUCCUGCGUCGUCCUCGUCUUCACCGCCCUGGUGGAGGCCGUCAUCGACCCCUGGUUGGUGGCCAACUACGUGACCUUCGCGGUGGGCGAGGUGCUGCUGGCGGGGCUCACCCUCUGCUCCUUGGCCGCCAUCUUCCCGAGGGCCUUCCCCAGAAAGCUGGUGGCCUUCUCCACCUGGAUCGACCGCACGCGCUGGGCGCGCAACACCUGGGCCAUGGCGGCCAUCGCCAUCGUCACCGCCGCCGACAUCGUGGACAUGCUCGCCUGCCACCGCCACCGCUGGGUGGUGACCAACGGCACCUCGGGGCCACCUCGCGGCGGUGGCAGCGGCUGCGCCGACCACCCCAAGUACUUCAGCUACAUCGCCCUGCUGGCCCUGGUGGCCACCGUGAUGCUGGUCCAGGUGAGCCACAUGGUCAAGCUGACCCUCAUGGUGCUCAUCACCGCCGCCACCGGCGCCGUCAACUUCUCCGCCUGGGGACCCAUCUUCGACCACUACGACCGGCGGCGCGGCCAGCCCAGCUCGUCGGUGCUGGUGCCCUCCAAGUACUCCAUGACCGCCAUGAUCUUCGUGGUGAUGCUCAGCUUCUACUACUUCUCGCGGCACGUGGAGAAGCUGGCGCGGACGCUGUUCCUGUGGAAGAUCGACGUCCAUGACCAGAAGGAGCGCGUCUCCGAGAUGCGCCGCUGGAACGAGGCCCUGGUGGCCAACAUGCUGCCCGAGCACGUGGCCCGGCACUUCCUGGGCUCCAAAAAACGGGAUGAGGAGCUGUACAGCCAAUCAUACGAGGAGAUCGGGGUGAUGUUCGCGUCGCUGCCGAAUUUCGCGGAUUUCUACACGGAGGAGAGCAUCAACAACGGCGGCAUCGAGUGCCUGCGCUUCCUCAACGAGAUCAUCUCCGACUUCGACGCGCUCCUGGACGAGCCCCAGUUCCGCUGCAUCACCAAGAUCAAGACCAUCGGCAGCACCUACAUGGCCGCCUCCGGGGUGACGCCCGACGCCGGCGCCAACGGAUUCGGAGCCAAGAAGGAGCCGCGCUCGGAGAAGGAGCGCUGGCAGCACCUGGCCGACCUGGCCGACUUCGCGCUGGCCAUGAAGGUGACGCUGAUGAACAUCAACUACCAGUCCUUCAACAACUUCAUGCUGCGCAUAGGGAUGAACAAGGGGGCGGUGCUGGCCGGCGUCAUCGGGGCCCGCAAGCCCCACUACGACAUCUGGGGCAACACGGUCAACGUGGCCAGCAGGAUGGAGUCCACCGGAGUCAUGGGCAACAUCCAGGUGGUGGAGGAGACGCAGCAGAUCCUGAAGGAGUACGGGUUCCGCUUCGUGCGCCGCGGCGCCGUCUACGUCAAGGGCAAAGGGGAGCUCCUCACCUUCUUCCUGAAGGGCCGCGAGAAACCCGGGGCGCCCCUCGGAGCCGCCGCCGCCGUCCCCCUGCCCCACCAGGUGCUGGAGAAUUCCUGAGGAUUCCUCGGGAAUCUCCAACGGGAUCCCCGCCCCGGCCCGGAGGGGUUUUUUGGGGUUUUUUUGGGG